AUGUCCGAUCAUGACACUACGACUGCUAGUGCUGCUGGGAUGAAGCAAUUGAGGCUGGUUGGUGCCUACAUAGAUAACGCACGCACAACUACCCGAGUGCCCUGGCGACCCUGA